GCCAUCUUGAUUCCGAUAAACUAUGUGGUCCACACCUAUAGACUUGAGUUGACAGCCACACGUACGUCAUUCAAUUGUCCCAAUGUCUUCGAUUGCGCUACGUCUCGGUCGCCGUGUCCUGCUUUCCAGCCGCCAUGCGCGCAGCUUUGCCAACUCCAAUGCUGACGCCGGCUUCUCGUACCCUGGCGCUCGCUCGCUGGAGCAGAUCGUGAAGAUGGAGUUGCUGGAGGGUGAGCAAGCACCCAAGAUCCGCAGCAUCUGGGAAGAGUUCCACGCUGACAAGGACGACGCCGUGGCUACCACGCUGGACGUCAUCGAGUUCCAGGCUCUAGUGAAGCGCGCUGAGGCUGCGCCCUACUUCAUCUUCCCCGUAUACCGCCAGGAAGGGUUCUUCAAUAUGCUGUGCCAGUUCCAGCAGUCGUGCUUCCUGAUCACUUACCUCGAGGCCUUUAAGGAGAACCCCAGCGCCGCGCCACCCUGCGUUGCCGUCUCACUGUAUGACGAUUUGCUGACGAAGAAGGAGCUCGCUCUGGUACGUGCUGAUGUCAUCAACAUGCUCGACAAGAAGGAGUCGCAGCUCCUGCUUAAACAGCUUCUAGCCAGCUACCAGGACGACCAGCUCUACGAACAUGUAGACAUGUUCAACAACAAACCCGACCAGUUCGACUUUGAAGCUUACCGUGUGAUGCUGCAGAAUACCACCGAGGCGUAGAGUGCAAUAACAAGCGAAUGUUUUGAACAAAAAAUGUAUGUUAAAAAACCAUAUCACUCUCCC